GACGACUUGUUCCGGGGAGAAGAAGAAGAAAGAUGGCCACAGCUAACGUUAGCUAGCUGGUGGGUAUUGGAAAAUGUUGCGCUCUUGAUUAUUUCUGUCUUUUUAUUCAUCGAGCGAGGCUCAGCCUGAACUAAAUCACCACUCCACCGACAGUGUGAAGACUCAGGCGAAAAAUAAGCCGCGGUGUGUGUUGUUGGAGAGAUUUAUUGAGUAGUUUAUAGGCGGUUGUGUGUGUGUGUUUGUGUAGCGGGAGGGGGUCGUGUUUCCUCCGGUCAGCUGUCCAUCAGUUCAGCGUCAGUGAGGAUUGUGGGAAACAGCAGCUAUGGCAGCUCCAGUAAACAUCCAGACUCCAAGUAAGACCUGGGAGCUGAGUUUGUAUGAGCUGCACAGGAGCCCUCAGGAGGCGAUCAUGGACGGGACGGAGGUGGCGGUGUCUCCUCGCUCUCUGCACAGCGAGCUGAUGUGUCCCAUCUGUCUGGACAUGUUGAAGAACACCAUGACCACCAAAGAGUGUUUGCACCGCUUCUGCUCCGACUGCAUCGUCACCGCCCUGCGGUCAGGGAACAAAGAAUGUCCGACCUGCAGGAAGAAGUUGGUUUCCAGGCGUUCGCUUCGCCGAGACUCAAACUUUGACGCGCUGAUCUCGAAGAUUUACCCGAGCCGCGACGAGUACGAGGCCCACCAGCGUCGAGUCCUGGACCGGCUGAACAGGCUGCACAACAAGGAGGCGCUGAGCUCCAGCAUUGAGGAGGGGCUCCGCCAGCAAGCCCGCUACAGGUCUGAGAGGAACCACCGUGUGAAGAAACCGACUCAGGAAAGCGACAACACCACCUUCAGUGGCGGGGAGGAUAACGGUGACGCCCGAUCACACCUGUCCCACGACUCCGCCCCCUCACAUACCCCCCACCCGUGUGGUCAGACCCCCUCGGAGGCCGGGCCGAGCCGCAAGAGACCGCGAGUCUCAGAUGACGGCUCGGGGCCCGAGGCGGACAGCGGGAGCCCGACGCCUCCGCUGAGACGCCACAAAGAGGGGCCGGCCUCGGAGAUCGAGCUGGUGUUCAGACCACACCCACAGCUGGUCCACGCCCAGGACUACAACCAGACCAGAUACGUGAAGACGACCGCCAAUGCCACAGUGGACCAUCUGUCCAAAUACCUCGCUCUGCGAAUCGCUCUGGAGGACAGACGGACCAACGGCGAGGCAGAGGACAGAGACAGAGAGAGAGAGGAGGGAGGUGGCGGAGAGGAAGGAGGAGCGGAGGAAGGAGGAGAAACGGGAGGAGCUGCAGGAGGCGGAGAGGGGUCGAGUCUGACCAACAUCAGCGAGAAACAGUACACCAUCUACAUCAUGACCAGAGGAGGACAGUUCUCCACGCUGAACGGCUCUCUGACUCUGGAGUUGGUCAAUGAGAAAUACUGGAAGGUCAGGAAGCCUCUGGAGCUUUACUACGCCCCCACCAAGGACCAACAGCAGCCACAACCACAGCAGCCACCCCAACAGAAGUCUCCUCCUCCUGCUCCACAGAGGGAGGGGUGAGGGAGAGGAGUGUGCUGCUUUUUCUCUCUCCUUUCAUUUACCAACACGUCUUCUUUUUGAAGAUGGAAGCUCAGCCGCCACAUUGAUAUCAGCGUAUUUCACCUGUAAACUGAAUCUGACCUGAGACCUGAUUUUUUUUUUUUUUUUUUUUUUCUUUUUAAGGAGGAUUCACCAAGAAGAAAAAAACUAAACCACUAAAUAACAGCUGGUAAAUCAGCAGAUUAUUUUCUGACAGUUUAUAACCCGUCACUGUGGCUGAUGGACCUGGACAUGAGCGGGACCACUUUGUUUUCUCCUGAUAUGAAGCAUCUGACUUAUUAACUUCUGUUUUCCAUCAUUUGAAUCUUAUCACAUAAGAAAAGCACAGAUCUAAACAGACAUAGCUGUGCAGUCUCCUGCAGCUACAACCUGCACCCAUGAGUUUUUUUGUUGUUUUUUUUAGACCACUAACAUGAAAACUUUCAGUUCUGACUCCAGAUGGGAUUCUUUUCACUUCUUAUCUUUAAACACGUUUUAUUUAUUUCUCCUAACACAACUGUCAUAUAACUGAAAAAAAAUGAAAUAUGAAAAUUGGCAAACUGAAGAAAAUAGCAUCCAGAUUAUGACUUGAAACAUUUCAGAAUUAGGCUCCAAAAAAAUCUCUUUUGGACGGUUAUGUAAAAGAAAGAAAGACUUGAAUCUGAGCAGGUAUUUUGUCUUAAAUCUUUCACUGAUUAAAUCAAUCUUCAAAAAAAGUCAAGUUUAAGAUUUCAGAGUAAGUUUUUUGCAGCAAGAUCAGAGAAAUUAGAGUGUUUUCGUGUAAAGAUUUUAACAAGGGGAAAAAUUUUUAUAAGUUAUGAAUUGAUCUGAACUUAAUGUCUGACUGAAGCUAUUUAUGAAAUUUUUGUGUAAUUUAAUUUUUAAGAAAAUGACUGAAGCUCUUUGCUGCUUUGUGUCCCCCCCCCCCCCCCCGAGUGACAGGAUCAGCCUAACAAUCAAUUUUAAAAGUAAUUCUGCUUUAUGUGUAUGUGCUUAGUUGGACCUUUUUAUAGUAUUGCUUUACCUUUCACCCCGCUUUAAACGCAACUAAACUAACUUUGGUAUCAGCUGUAACCGACUUUAACAGGACAUAAGCUUAAAAGACACAAACUGGCGCUUCGCCAUUUAACAUUUCCGCAAAUGCAUCCGUUUUUUCUUUUCGAGCUGCUCAUCCUGUCCAGGGCUGAAUCCCAGCAUGCAUUGCAGCAGCAUUUGAGUUGAUUUAAGUUGGGGAUGACAGACGGGUAGUUUAGUUUUUCUAUACAUGCAGCUCCCUGUCUGCUUUACUUACACAUUUCCAUUAUGUCAUUAUGAGAUAUAAAGAUGUGUCAGGUUCUUAAAACUUUUCCCCUAUAUUUUACUAAGAUAUAAAAUUCCCUCAUUUUCCACCUUAAAAGAUGUAGCUGUAACGCCCACCUUACCUCCUCGUUUCCAAGAGGUUCACUACCUUCUUUUUCCUGUAAAAUACAAAGUGUUUGCAUGAAACUCUUUAAAAACUGUUAAAAAGCCAUAAACCUCUUUGCUCCACUUCUUCUGUCCUUGCGCACUUUAUAUUUCCUGCAGCCAUAUCAUUUCCUACCUUACCUCAGUUUUUAUGGAAUAUUUGUAUAUUAAGAAUAAUGCAAUAUUUUCUUUUUGCUCUGUUGCAUUAAUGUACACUUGUAUCCUUCUGUCAGCAAUGCAACACAAUAAACUGAAGUAAUGAGAA